CACUACUAUAUAACAAAUAAUUUGAGGUAGUAAGACCCAGGGGACCACUAUGCCCGGAACAAUCACCCCAGCAACAGACUUUAGUGCUGACAAGGACUGUCAGGAACUGAGGAACGCUAUGAAGGGUCUGGGAACUAACGAGACUAAAAUAAUAAACAUCCUGGGAAACAGGAGCCGCGAACAGAGACUACAAAUUGCUCUCGUGUUUAAGACGAUGUACGGCAAAGAUCUUCUAAUGGAGUUUAAGUCGGAGUUAAGCGCCAACUUUCUCCGACUUUGCAAGUGCUUACUUUUCUCAAUUCCUCAAUACCUGGCCAAAGAACUUAAACGUGCAAUGAAGGGAAGUGGUACGGACGAACGAGCACUAGUCGAGAUCCUGGUGGGGUUGGAUAAUAGGGGUAUUGCUGAAGUGAAGCACAUUUAUAAAUCAAUGUUUGAAGCAGAGUUGGAGCGGGAGAUAGUGAGCGAGACGAGUGGCGACUUCAAGAGACUGGCUCUGAGUCUGCUACAGGGAAACAGGGACGAGAACGAUGUGGUGGACAAGGAGGUGGCAAAGGAAGAUGCCUUGGAACUUUUCAACGCGGGAAUUAACAGAUUUGGAACGGAUGAGUCCAACCCCACAUUUCCUGUUGGAGUAUUUCGAAAUAAGCUAUUGACCCGUCGCUACGAAGAUAGGUUCAACAGUAUUCUGUGCGCUAGAAGUUAUCGUCAUCUCAAGAUGGUGUUCGCUGAGUACAAGAUGAAAUACAGGCGUGAAUUGACAAGUGAUAUGCAGAAACUUUUGGAAUGGCGAAAAAACGUCACAAUCGAGCCAAAAACCUCAGAGAGGGCCGGGGUAGCAGGGGAAGAUAUCGAGAAAUCUAUCAGAUCAGAAAUGUCGGGAGAACUGGAAUUAGGAUUCCUUUCUAUCAUUAAAAGGAUAAAAAAUACACCAACAUAUUUUGCAGAGGAGCUUUACAAGUCGAUGAAGGGUCUGGGAACUGAUGAUGAUCAACUGAUAAGAAUAAUAGUGUGGAGAUCUGAAAUAGACCUGGUGGAGAUAAAGGGAGCAUUUGAAAGUUUGUACGCCAAACCUCUCCGAGACUUCAUUAAAGAAGACACGAGUGGGGACUUCAAGACUCUCCUUCUAACAAUCCUCAAAUAAACGAAUCCUGUGACUUCAACAUGUCGCCCCACUCCAACUCGUCCCAUUACAAUCAUUGUAAUGUAAUCAUCUUCUGUCUUUAUCGCUGUGUAAUAGUAACAAUGUUACAAUGUUAUUAACAUAAGUCAUUCUAUUAAUUUGCUUCAAGUUUUAUAAAAAUUUUAAAGAUUUUCUUCCCUGCAGUUAAACUUAAUAGAAUCGUUUAAACAGAUGUAUUGCUAUUGCUAUUUCUAUCGAAUUUAUUAGUCGAUAAGUUUCUUAUAAAUGUAUGAAUUAAAUUUUCUUUUUUCAAUACAGAACCUCAAUAUUGAGACUAUUCUUGCACGAAGAUUUUGAUUUUUAAUUAUCUUUAAAUAUGGACGCGGAUAAAAAUAUCUAUCCGCUUAAAGGGCAAAUAAAAUGCCAUGAAUUUCUAAAUAAAUUAUCUUUUUUUCUAAAUCACUGUUCGAGCAAAUAAUUUUGCGACCUCACUUAAUUUUAUCGCCUUUUCACAAAAAUUAACUUACAUUCUACGAAUUACAUGUAUUGCCAUUGGACAUCCCAUUUAUCUCUUCUAACUAACUGCUGGUACAGAUUGUAAGUAUUCACAGACAUAUAUAUCGCCCCUGAUAUUUCAUGAUUUUUAUAAAACAGAAUAGUUUGAAAUAUAAUUUGGAACAUUACAGUAACGUUAUUCA